AUGAAGUCUCCGCGGCUCUGGGCGGCUCUGUGCCUCCUCCUCGUCGCCUCCUGCCGGCUGUGCGCGGCCGCCCGACACGGUUGUUUGUUUGAGAAGAAACUCUGUCCCAGAGGCCAGCUGUGCAACGAUGACGGGUUGUUCGGGCAGUGCCGCGCUCCUCACCAGGAGCCCGUCCAGUACCAGGUGUCUGUAUCCGUCCUGCACAAACUUCAGGAGGUUCUCAAAGACCUGAUGGUUCAAGGUUUGACCUGGAGGGAUGACUUGACCCAGGCAAUCAUCAGCCGAGAGCUGAGUCACGUUCCCACCAUCAGCCCGCGAUACAAACCUGCAGAAAAGCCCCCCAAGCAAGCGUCCAGGCUGUCGGACCCACCCAGGCGCCAGGAUCUGGAAGACCAGGCCGACCCUGAGAUGAUGCAGCAGUACAUGGACUACAUAGUCCUCGAUCCUUCGCGGUCUUCGGUGCACAUGCAGACGCCCCUGCUGGACCCGUACACCUACCACAAGCAGCAGUUCGGCUACCAGGAAGAGGAAGAGCGCUCCCUCAACUCCCUGGACGAUAAUCCAGCCUUCCCGCUGCCUCCGCUGUACCCUCGCUCCAGACCUCGAGAAAACCCUCUGGACCGGGACCGCCAGCUCCUCCAGGACCUGGUGUCCACACUGGUGUCAUCCUCCGCUUCCUCCUCUUCCUCACCUGUGCAGACGCUGUCCCGUCACAGAGGGUCCAUCUCCUCCUCCUCCUCCUCCUCCUCCUCCUCCUUCCCGGAGCUGGACUUCCCUCUGGAUUAUGGCGAAGACUACGUUUCCCAGGUUGCACAGCUCAGCAAGCAGCAGAAGCAGGAGCAGGAGGAGAAGAAGGCGCAGAAGGAGUAUGAAGCUCUCUCAGGGCUGGACGAGAGCUCCCUGCAGAGACUGGCUCUGCUGCUCGACCACUACGGCCUCGACAUGAAGGAUUUGUCCCCCGAGCAGAAGGAUAACCUGCCGUCCACGCUGAAGCAGCUGCAGCUGGAGAGCUCCUACGCCCCCAAACAGACCAAAGAUAAAUAUGGGAAUAUUGCUGCUUCAGGAAAAAAGGUCACAGAGGGCUCAAUGGCCUAUAAAACUGACGUCCAGGAGGCUCUACCCUCCACCAGCAAGCCCCCAAAACAAGACGGCGCUCAAAAGGAGGCGACUCCUGCUGCAACGGCCGACCGGGACAAACCGGGGAGGAAGGAGGCGGCGGCCAAAACGGAGGAGUUCGGAUAUAUCGUCACCAAUCAGAGCCCCCUCGAUCUGAACGACGGGGUGCGACUGCUGGAGCUGCUGUCUGAGAGGGUCGGCCUCUCCACCGACUCCUUCUUCAACAUCAGUGUGGUUGGACCUGCCAUCACCUUCAGGAUCAGACCAAACUCCAAGAAUCUUACAGCGGGAGACGUGGCAGACAAAGCCGUUGCAGAAAAGGGCUUCUUGGAGUCCGACACAGGCCUGAAGGUGCUGCAGAGCGGUGUUGGAGAGAGGGAUGGAGUGAAGGCGUUGCCCCUGGCAACCAGAGUCCAGCCGCCCGGCUCCCGCUGGGUGUUCGCCACACUGGUGGCCAUGGCCUGUAUGGGAGGCAUCCUGGUGGCGGCCAUGACGGUGGCCUGUCUGCGUCACCACGCACACCGACUGGCCGCCAAGAAGCUGGGCCUGGGCCCCGAGGCCGGCAGCUACACCCACCAGGAGUACCAGGACCUGUGUCGCCAGCACAUGGCCUCCAAAGGCGCCUUCGGACGCCUGGAGGCCGCUGCCCUGGGCGCUGUGGGAGGAGCUGCUGGCGGCGGUGCCAGUGGAGGAGGAGGCGGCGGAGGAGGAGGAGGAGGCGCUGCUGGAGCCGGGAGAGGAGCGUGCGGCGCGACGGCAGGUGGAGGCGCCGACUCCAGGGUGAGCAGCGUGUCGUCUCAGUUCAGCGACGGAGCGCAGCCCAGCCCGAGCUCCCACAGCAGCACGCCGUCCUGGUGCGAGGAGCCGGCCCAGGCCAACAUGGACAUCUCCACCGGCCACAUGAUACUGGCUUACAUGGAGGACCACCUGAGGAACAAGGACCGUCUGAUGAAGGAGUGGGAGGCUCUGUGCUCCUACCAGGCCGAGCCCAGCGCCGUCUCCGUGGCUCAGAGCGACGCCAAUACCAAGAAGAACCGCUGCCCGGACGCCGUGCCCUACGACCACUCAAGAGUGAAGCUGAAGGCGGAGAUCAACCCUUCACGCUCGGACUACAUCAACGCCAGCACCAUCAUCGAGCACGACCCCCGCAUGCCGGCCUACAUCGCCACCCAGGGCCCGCUGUCGCACACCAUCUCCGACUUCUGGCAGAUGGUUUGGGAGAACGGCUGCACUGUGAUCGUGAUGAUGACCGCUCUGGUGGAGGAUGGAGAGAAGCAGUGCGACCGCUACUGGCCCGACGAAGGCUCGUCCCUCUACCACAUCUAUGAGGUGAACCUGGUGUCGGAGCACAUCUGGUGUAAUGACUUCUUGGUGCGCAGCUUCUAUCUGAAGAACGUGCAGACGCAGGAGACCCGCACGCUCACGCAGUUCCACUUCCUCAGCUGGCCUGCUCAGGGCAUCCCCACCUCGACGCGCCCCCUGCUGGACUUCCGCAGAAAGGUGAAUAAGUGCUACCGAGGACGAUCCUGCCCCAUCAUCGUGCACUGCAGCGACGGAACCGGCCGGACUGGGACGUACAUCUUGAUCGACAUGGUUCUGAACCGCAUGGCUAAAGGCGUUAAAGAGAUUGACAUCGCCGCCACGCUGGAGCACGUCCGGGACCAGAGGCCGGGGAUGGUCUGCACCAAGGACCAGUUUGAGUUUGCAUUGACUGCAGUUGCUGAAGAAGUGAACGCGAUCCUCAAAGCUCUUCCUCAGUGAAACCCGAACAGUCCAGAAGAGCCUGACCCCUGACCGUCCCCUGACUCACACCGCACCCUCUCCUCUUCCUCUCUGUGAAGACGAGGACUCACAGCUUUGUCCGUUUGACAUCCUUUAUGGUGAUAUUGAUAAGGUGAGGAGGGAUCUACACAGGAACGUGUCUGAUGUUUACGUAUUUGUGACACAAUUGUUCCGGGACCUUCAGGAGCAGCAGCGUGUCUGAUUAAAAAAAGAAUAACUGUCAGCUUGUGUGUGAAGGUGCCACAAACUACUGAAACAUCAGAUUUUUUCCAAUUUAGUCUAAACUGAAGCAAAAACCUAAUUGUUCCUAUUUUCCUGUGGUGGGAGGUUGUGCUGCUGUUGCACCAUGUUUGGCUUUGGACUUUAGGAAGCAAAAAAAACAAAAAAACAAAAAAAAAACCCUCAAUGCUUCUCCGAAUAUACUGUCUGCAGGAUAAAUUUCCACAAUGCUGCUUCCUCUGCAGAAAGCGUCUUCUUUGUGUGCCAUUCAGAUCAUCUUAUGUCUCUGGAUAUAUUGUUGUUUACUUCACGCAAGAUAAAAAAGAAAGUAAAAAAAAAAAAAACAUGUUAUUCAUUCUGAGAAAAAAAUGAAAGCUAUUUUGUAU